GCUGGCGCGCCUGCUUCUGAAGAGACGGAGCGCCGCCAUGGCCUUGCCCCUUGAGCUCCUGGAUGAGCUGCCCGCCGCCUGCCUGUCGCCUUGCGGGCCGCCCAACCCGGCCGAACUGUUCAGCGAGGCGAGGCGCCUGGCGCUGGAGCAGCUGCUAGCGGGCGGCCCCGAGGCCUGGGCGGCCUUCCUGCGGCGCGAGCGCCUGGGCCGCUUCCUCAACGCCGACGAGGUGCGCGCGGUCUUGGGCGCCGCAGAGCGCCCGGGUGAGGACGGCGCGGGGGCGGCCGAGGACUCGUUCAGCUCCUCGCACGACUGCUCGUCCGGCACCUACUUCCCCGACCAGUCGGACCUGGAGCCGCCGCCGCUGGAGCUCGGCUGGCCGGCCUUCUACCGCGGUGCUUACCGCGGCGCCACGCGCGUCGAGGCGCACUUCCAGCCCCGCGGCGUGGGCGCCGGCGGCCCAUACGGAUGCAAGGAUGCGCUGCGCCAGCAGUUGCGCUCGGCGCGAGAGGUGAUCGCUGUGGUCAUGGAUGUCUUCUCGGACAUCGACAUCUUCCGGGACCUGCAGGAAAUGUGCAGGGAAAAGGGAGUGGCUGUGUAUAUCCUUCUGGACCAGGCUCUGCUCUCCCACUUUUUGGACAUGUGCAUGGAUCUGAAAGUUCAUCCUGAGCAGGAAAAGCUGAUGACAGUUCGGACUAUUACAGGAAAUAUCUACUAUGCAAGGUCAGGGACAAAAAUUGUUGGGAAGGUUCAUGAAAAGUUCACGCUGAUUGAUGGCAUUCGGGUGGCAACAGGCUCCUACAGUUUUACAUGGACUGAUGACAAAUUAAAUAGUAGUAAUUUGGUAAUCCUGUCUGGCCAAGUGGUUGAACAUUUUGAUCUGGAGUUCCGGAUCCUGUAUGCCCAAUCAAAGCCCAUCAGCUCCAAACUCCUGUCCAACUUCCGGAUCAGUGGUAAGUUUGACCAUCUGGCUGACCGAAAGCCACAGUCUAAGGAGCUGACGCUGGGCAACCUGCUGCGCAUGAGGCUGGCCAGACUCUCAAGUACACCCAAGAAGACAAACCUGGGCCCAGAGGUGCCCGUUGAAGACAGAGCUGAGACCAAGCGCCGGGACUCUGAGGCUUCAACCAUCAGUGAUGAAGACUACUUACACAGUCACAAGGACCAACUAGAAGUCAGCAGGGUAGUCGACGCUGCCACCCAGACAGAGCCAGGAGAGGAACAAGUGAGCACAAGUGAGACAGGAACACAGACCAGCUCUAGCGCAGCAUGUGCUGGGACUCAAACCACAGUUAUCACAAGGGCAGUGAGUGCCCAGGCCACGGUGUGGGCCAAGUCCACCACCACGCAGACCGAUGUGGAUGAGAGCUACUUUUGUCAGGGAGCCCAGUCUAAGGAAGGAUCGCCUACAUCUAAGAUGUCUGUGUCCAGAUCUUCUAGUUUGCGGUCAUCCUCUUCUCUGUCUUCCCAGGGCUCGGUGGCAAGUUCCAUCAGUUCCCACACCUCCCUGAGAGCCACUGACCUCCACACUCCCGGAUACCCCAACUACCUGGGCAGCCCCCACCUGGACCUGUGCUUGAGGGAUUCAUUCAGAAACUUGAGCAAAGAGCGGCAGGUUCACUUUACUGGUAUUAGGUCCCGGCUCAACCACAUGCUGACUAUGCUCUCCAGGAGAACAUUUUUCACAGAAAACUACCUCAGCUUCAGUCCUGGAAGCUUUACCAGAGCCUCUGUGAACUUGGUCUCUGUGAGAGACAUGGCACUUUAUCCUUCAUAUCAGUGACUGCUGGGGCCAGCCGGCUCUCCAGAGGCUGACCAGAGCUUCCUGUUUCUAGAAGCAUUACAUGUCCUUAGUGGCCCCUCUUUUACCUGACAGUGAGUCACUGUCGAAUUCUAUUCUGCACAUAUGUUUUUGUUUUUGUCCAGCAGGUGCGGAGACCACCUGUUGGUCAUAUGGUUUAAACACUAUGGGUACUUUUUUCCUUUUUGCACAAUUUAAACAUUUUCUCUACAAAAGACUAUUUAGAAGUUCUAAGGUUAAUUCAGGAAAAGAUAAAAUACUGUUUUUCUUUAUGUAUUCUUCUGUCUUAGUGUUUUGAGUCACUACUGUUUUUACAAUCACAAUUAUUUGGAAAAACAAAACUGAGUUUCUCUUCAGAAUAUCUGAAUUCUUAGGGUUAAAU